UCCCCGGCGAGCUCGCGAUCAGAUCCUGGGACCGGCGCGCCAGGCAGCUCGUUGGGCAGCGCCUCGGCCGCGCCGUCGGAGGAGGAGGCGGCGGCGGCGAGGAGGGCGAUGCAGAAGCCGGCCGGCCAGAAGGAGCGCCUCUACAAGCUGCUGGUCAUCGGCGACCUGGGCGUGGGCAAGACCAGCAUCAUCAAGCGCUACGUCCACCAGAACUUCUCGCCGCACUACCGCGCCACCAUCGGCGUGGACUUCGCGCUCAAGGUGCUCACCUGGGACCCGGAGACGGUGGUGCGGCUGCAGCUGUGGGACAUCGCGGGUGAGUGGGGGUGGGUGGGAGGGGGGAGCGAGGAGCAAAGGUAGGUCCGCCUUUUGACACGGGGUGGGUGCGCAGGGGGUUGGGGGUGGGAGUCAGGGGUAGAGGUAGAGAUAAGUCUCUCCACUGAUCCGGGCUGGGCGCGCCAGGCGCAAGAGGGGAGAGGCGAGGAGGUUGGUCUCCCCACUCUCUUGGAGUGGGUGCUCCAGGCACGGGUGUGUGGCAUGCGAGUCAGGAGUAGAGAUGGGUCCCUCUACUGACCCGGGGUGUGUGUGUUGUGAGUCCAGUGCUUCCUUGCCUUCAGGGCCGGGCGUGGAAUUGCGUGAAGUGAUAAUACUAGACCCGCUCAGAAGCUGCCUUCUAAACUCUCUGGUUGGAGCCUGCUAAGCCCUACUUAGAGGAGACCCAUUGGGAUCAAUGUGCAUGGCUCCACGGAAGUGCGUUGGGUCUCCAAGGGCGAGGAUCCCAGCCAAAAACAUGGCAUGUUUACUCUGUGAUCCUGUUGCCUUCAAGGAAGUAAUAAUAAAAUUAUUAUUAAGUAUGCUGUAGGGUUUGCAGGCUGAAAGCAUUUUCCAACUCCGGUUCAGGAGCUGUGUUCCAAACUUAUGGGCGUGAUCCAGCUCAGUUGAAUCGGUUGAAUCGGUAGUCCCACAGAGUCGAGUGUGACUCACUUCACUGUGUCAGGAUUUCAGCCUUCUUGCACUUCUAAGUCUUGUUUACUUUAGUUAAGAAGCUGAGCUUAUGCGGUGUACUCGGUUGUAAGGCCCAUGAGUUCCAUGCAUGUAGCAUUGCUGUCUUAAAACACUUUCAAGUUCAGCACAUUGAAAUCAGUGGGAUUUAAUUUGGCUGGGUCGCCUAAUUAAUUAAUUAAUUAAUGGAAAGAGUCUAGCCAGAGUUAAGCAUUUUUAAGCCCCUGCUGGUUUUCAUUGGAGAGAUUUAAUGCAUGUAACUCCCUGCCCGGAAUCCGCGAGACUUUAAAAGUGCUGUAACUGUGGGCAGUUCUAUGAGACUCUGUUUUCAAAUAUUUAUUGAAUAGUUAUUACAGGAGCAAAACAAAACAAAAAAACCUCGACCUUUGAAACCUCAAACCGAUGUUGUUUCUUUAACCUUUAUUGGCAUAAGUUCAAACAAUAAAGGCAUACAAAGUCAUCCAAAUACAUUAAGAAUCCAAACACAUAAAAUAUAUAAAAGGCUCGGUAGCCACCGCUGAAUAUAUCAGACAACUUUGGAUUUAGCUUUAAAAAUCUCGGCUAAGUAUCCUGAAACAAUCUUGGUAGUUUCGGGAAUAUCAUCCCUCAACAAAUAUUGGGUUAUAGAUUCUUUAUGUAACUGUUUAAAUCACACACCUCCAUCCAAAUUUCCAUUGAUUUCAGUAGGAAUCCAGAUAUCUAGAUAUCUCUACUCUAAGGUAAGGCCAAUUGAGUUAAAUGACACUUACUUCCAGAUAAGUGUGUGUAACAUUGCAACCUUAAUAAAAAAUUAAAAAAUAGUCCAGUAGCACCUUAGAGACCAACUAAGUUUGUUGUCCAGUGUAUCUGAAGAAAUGUGUAUGCACACAAAAGCUUAUACCUAGAACAAACUUUAACUGCAUCAGACCAACACAGCUACCUACCUGAAUUGCAACCUUAAGUAUAUGCAUCAUCUCUUCCUUUGAAAUUAGGAAUGCUUAAUCUUGGUUGGAUGUUGCCUUUAGAAUGCAAACUCUUUGAUGCAGAGGCCUUCCUUUUGCACCCAUUAUUCUAGCUGUAUUCAUAGGUAAAGGUAAAGGCACCCCUGGCCGUUAGGUCCAGUCACGGACAACUCUGGGGUUGCGGCGCUCAUCUCGCUUUACAGGCCGAGGGAGCCGGCGUACAGCUUCCGGGUCAUGUGGCCAGCAUGACUAAGCUGCUUCUGGCAAACCAGAGGAGUGCAUGGAAAUGGCGUUUACCUUCCGGCCAGAGCGGUACCUAUUUAUCUACUUGCACUUUGACGUGCUUUCGAACUGCUAGGUUGGCAGGAGCAGGGACUGAGCAACAGGAGCUCACCCUGUUGCGGGGAUUCGAACCGCCGGCCUUCUGAUCGGCAAGUCCUAGGCUCAGUGGUUUAAACCACAGCACCACCCGCAUCCACCCACUGUAUUCAUAUGUCACAAUAAACAAUAGUUAAACAUCUUACCGUGAAUGCAGAGAUCGCUCCCACUUCAUUUCUCCCCUAGUACAAGUAGGAGCACAAACCCUAGUUUAGUGGGAUUGUGGAUUGCUUUACUCCAAACCAUGGUCUCUUCCAGGCAACCUGAUUUGCUUGUGGAGAGGUCCAAAAUCAACUUUUUGCUGAGCAUCCACUCUCAAUUUGUUUUGGGGAAAGUUAGAUGACAUUACGUCGGCAAGUAUAUUUCCCCGUCACUUUCCUUCUCUCAAAAAUCUUGCUGUUUUUUCGGAAGCGGGUUUGUUGCACAAGAGCUCCAAACCAACUUUAAUCGUGCAACCUGAGUUUGCCUGUACCUGACUGAAUCCCACCUGAAAAUAACAAGAGUUUGGAAGUUCCCCACAAACUGGUAAGCCAGGAACAAACCUCAGCUUCACCAUGACUUCUGGGUUAGAUGUAACGCUAAACCAUGGUUUGUUGCUUGUACUAGAGAAGGAGCUUUUUCAAAUAACAAUUUACUAUGGCUUUGCUGUGGCGCACAAAAACAGCCUCUCUGAAGCAUGAUGCACAUUCUGUAAGAAGCAAUGAUAACAAGGAAACCGGAUGCCUUUAUCUGUCCCUGCAGAUGUGCCCCCAAAGGCUCCUCCAUUGUCUCCCGAGACAUAUGGAAGCCAACCAGCCAACCAACCAUGCAUCAAACAUCUGGGGCUUCCACCGGAGGGAGAGAAUAGACCAUUUCAGAUGGUUUCUACCUCCUAUCCUGCUCCAAAGGGGUCUCCGUAGGAAUCUGCAGGAGCAAUUGAUGAAUAUCACUCCCCCCUCUCCACCCACAGGAACGUCCAAGUAGUGGAGACCCUCUCUAGGCAACUCUGGAUGCAACCUGUUUAUGUUUCUUAGAUGCAUGGCUAAGAAAUGUCAGGUGUGCCCUGGAAAGUAUAAUGUGCAAAUGGGGACGAACCUGUGUUUGCAGCACUUUGUGUGGCUGCAGUCCUCAACUGCUGCUCUAGACUAGAGAGUGAGCCCCACUGAAUUCGGCUAUUGGCUCUGUCUAGGCUUGCACAGCCAGGGGGCACAUUUCAAAGAAUGCUGAGCUUCUGCCCAACCACCGACCCACUGAUAGAGCUGAAGCAUGCACAAGAGCGUAGGCUCUCUGCAUGAUCAGAAUCUUUACAAAGUCACAUGCUUUUUAGCUGCCGCCCUCAUUUUGCUCCAACCACUUCUCUAGCAACCAAGGAAAAAGCACGAGUUCACGAACAUUUUUAUUGCAAUAAAAUAGCCAUCGGAUAAAUGGAUUCUUCGCCAGUCAUCAUGUUCUAGGCCAAAUCGCUGCAGUACACUGUUGCAAAAAAAUAAAAACCAGUUGCCUUUGGCCCUUAAGAAGAAGAAGAGUUUGGAUUUGAUAUCCCACCUUUCACUCCCUUUAAGGAGUCUCAAAGCGGCUAACAUUCCCCUUUCCCUUCCUCCCCCACAACAAACACUCUGUGAGGUGAGUGGGGCUGAGAGACUUCAAAGAAGUGUGACUAGCCCAAGGUCACCCAGCAGCUGCAUGUGGAGGAGCGGGGAAUCAAACCCAGUUCACCAGAUUACGAGUCCACCGCUCUUAACCACUACACCACACUGGCUAAAUAUAGGAAUGGUCCAUGUCUGCCUCCUGAACUGGGUCUGCUGAAGCUUACCUGGAUGGGCAGGAUGGUGUUGAGGUUGGGGAUGUACAUUUGCAAUGGGGGAAGUACUGGAGUGGCUCUUUGGGACAGCCCUGAACUCACCCCUGCACCAACCAGGGAUGCUGCAGCAGACCUGUGUUGAGAAUCAGCUCCACAGCCCAGUCAUACCUUCCACUCCCACUUACACAGGAAACUUCAUGCAUAAAGCGUAUUACAGUGGUACCUUGGUUCUCGAACUUUAGCCGUUCCUGGAGUCCAUUUGAAUCCCGAAACCGUUCAAAAACCAAGGCUCGGCUUCCGAUUGGCUGCAGGAGCUUCCUGCACUCAAGCAGAAGCCGUGUUGGACGUUCGGCUUCUGAAAAAUGUUCGCAAACCGGAACGCUUACUUCCAGGUUUGCAGCGUCCAGGAGCCGAUUUGUUUGGGAGCCAAGGCGUUCGACAAGCAAAGUACCACUGGACUUUGUAGUUUCUGCUUUUAAUUUGGUGUGUCGACUUUACUUGCCACUCUUGCCAGUGUUGCCCUGUUCGUGCCUUCGACAGAAUUCUUAUGCUUAAUUUCUUGUUUUAGGCCACCGAUGCACAAGACCUCGGGGUCUGCAUCGCAUGUCGCAAGAUAUUGUAGUGCUGUGGCUCAUUACAGAAUUGUAAUUGAAAUAUUUGUUUAUCCGAUGGUUGUUGUUUUUAAAACAAUUUGUUCUACUCUUUCUCUCCCAACUGCACCCCUGGCCAUUCCUUCGGGUAACCAUGUCAAGAAAAAUAUGUUUUAGAGGCAGGCAUUAACUGCCUCUACGAAAACAACAACAACCUAUAAACCAGUAUUCCUCAGACGAGGGUUUUGCAAAUAAAUAAAUGCAAUGUAGCUACAGCUUUAAUUUCUUUAAACUCUCCUCUUACUGAUUCCUCCUCCCCGUCUCUCCCUAGAAUUACAUAAAACAAGACCAGGGAAAUAAAAUUCCUAACGUUCUUUUGGAAUUAAAGGAUUUUAGGUGCUUGUGCUGUGCGUUUGGCAGGGCCGAGACGAACAAUAAUUAUGCAAUGGUGCCAUUUGCAUCUCACCCCUUUGACACUGUGCACACAUACCUGGCUUGUUAAACUGCCUCUCUACCUCUAGAAUCCUGCACUAGCGCUAAGUUUUUAGCAUUCUUAUACAUUGCACUGGUGGCUACUGUGGAACUCCUUCCCACGUUCCUGGGUUCCUCAGUGAAAUCUCCGGCUACGUAGGAGGAGUUCGCCUAGUUGCCUAUUCCUAUUCUGCUGUUGCCCCGCCCAUGGAAAUUACUCAUGUGGGGAGGAGCCACACUGUUGUCUGUUCUAAUGGAGGCCGGUAUGCAGGGAGAUGUGGGAGACCAACAGUUUGUUGUUGUUGUUGUUUAGUCAUUUAGUCGUGUCCGUCUCUUCCUGACCCCAUGGAGCAGAGCACACCAGGCACUCCUGUCUUUCACUGCCUCCCGCAGUUUGGUCAAACUCAUGCUGGUAGCUUUGAGAACACUGUCCAACCAUCUCGUCCUCUGUCGUCCCCUUCUCCUUGUGCCCUCCAUCUUUCCCAACAUCAGGGUAUUUUCCAGGGAGUCUUCCCUUCUCAUGAGGUGGCCAAAGUAUUGGAGUCUCAGCUUCAGGAUCUGUCCUUCCAGUGAGCACUCAGGGCUGAUUUCCUUCAGAAUGGAUCGGUUUGAUCUUCUUGCAGUCCAUGAGACCAACAGUAGGUGGAGCCAAAGCCAGUGUCCCAUUUUCCCAUGCAGACCAGCCUUCUUUGGACUCCACCUGACCAUCUUGGGCUCCUCUCUUGCAAUCGGGCAGAAAGAAAGAGCCCCACUGCACCGUCAGCUCCCAUGCCACCAACGUAACAGAAAAUGGGCGUCUUAUCUCUGCAUGCAAAAGUGCAAGAUAGUAGCUCGUAUUUGCACUUGCUUAUGGUGUUUGGAAAUCGUAACUUGUAAGACGAGCCUGCUGGAUCAGGCCCGUGGCCCUUCUAGUCCAGCAUCCUCUUCUUGUGGAGGCCAACCAGAUGCCCAUGGGAAACCCGCAAGCAGGACCUGAACGCAAACUCACUUUCCCCUCUUAAGGUUUCCAGAAAGUGGUAUUCAGAAGCAAAGCUGCUUUCGUCCAUGGAGGCAGAACAUAGUCAUCAUGGCUACUAGCGACCAUUGACAGACUUACUCUCCAUGAGUUUGUCUUAAAACCAUCUAAGUUGGUGGAGAUCACUUGUCUCCUGUGGGAGCAAGUUCCCUAGUUUAGCUAUGUGCUGCAUGAAGUAUAUUCCUUCAUUUGAACCUUCCAGCAUUCAGCUUCAUUGUAUGUCAAUGAUGAUGAUGGUGAUGGUGAUGAUGAUGUUAAUAAUAAUAAUAAUAAUAAUUUAUACCCCACCCAUCUGACUGGGUUUCCCCAGCCACUCUGACGGCUCCCAGCAGAAUAUUAAAAACAGAAUAAAACAUCAAACAUUAAAAACUUCCCUAAACAGGGCUGCCUUCAGAUGUCUUCUAAAAGUCAGAUACAGUGCUACCUCGGGUUACAUACGCUUCAGGUUACAGACUCCGCUAACCCAGAAAUAUUACCUCGGGUUGAGAACAGAAAUCGUGCUCCAGUGGCGCAGCGGAAGCAGGAGGCCCGAUUAGCUAAAGUGGUGCUUCAGGUUAAGAACAGUUUCAGGUUAAGAAUGGACCUCCGGAACGAAUUAAGUACUUAACCAGAGGUACCCCUGUAGUUGUUUAUUUCCUUGACAUCUGAUGGGAGGGCGUUCCACAGGGCGGGCGCCACCACCAAGAAGGCCCUCUGCCUGGUUUCCUGUAACUUGGCUUCUUGCAGUAAGGGAACUGCCAGAAGGCCCUCAGAGCUGGACCUCAGUGUCUGGGCUGAACAAUGGGGGUGGAGACGCUCCUUCAGGUAUACAGGACCAAGGCCGUUUAGGGCUGUAAAGGUCAGCACCAGCACUUUGAAUUGUGCUCGGAGACGUACUGGGAGUUCUAGUGUUAGCAUGAUUACUAUUAUUGGGGAGAAUUGUAGCAAAUGUUAACAACCUGAAUGCAUUAGAAUAGCAGUGAUAUUAAAAUGCUCUCUUUUAUAAGUUGGAUAAUAUCUAAAGAGAGAGCAUCAUAGACACACAGGAAGCUGCCUUACACUGAAUCAGACCAUUUUAUCCAGCUCAAUAUAAUCUACACUGACCUACAGCAGCUCAGAGGGUUGAAAAUGGGGCCUUUUGAAUCAAAACAGAUGUUCUACCACUGAGCUAAGGCCCUUUCCCCAUGAUUUUACAAUCCUUCCAAUUUGUGCAAGGAAGACUAGUACAACAAAUCAUGUGCUGAAAGAUCAUAUGAUGUAGCUUUCAGGCAGAUCGCUAAAGAUUUGGAAGUAAUUCUAAAAAAUGCUCUGGGUUUUAAUGAGCUGCACAACCUUUGAAUUAUGCCACAGGGCAGAAAGAAUUACUGCACUGUAUUUGCAAGAGCAGAGUUUUGCUAAACUAGGAGUGGGCAAUGUUUUUGGCCACAUGCAGAGGUGAGUGGUUGUUAGGGAUUGCACACUCAUGUGCACACACACACACACACACACACAUGCACAAAUGUAUGAACCCUUCCCUUCUCUGUCUCUCUCUCUCUCAUGCACAAACCACUUAUGAUUUGUGGAAAUCAUACUUUGUUAUUACACCAGAGCUGGCCAACCACAGCUUACUUUUUCUGAUAUAAUAACAAACUAUGUUUUCCCACAAAAACAGAAGUAAUGCCGAAUAUAGAAAACGAGAAGGGACAGAGAUGGGAAGAGAGAGUACAAAUACACAAGUCUUCUUUGCAUAAGACUUAAUGGACUUCACAUUACAGGUGAGCUAUGUUUGGACAUGGAACACCGUGGUUGGUUUUCUAAAGUAUGGUAAGCACAGACCAUGGUUUGAUGUGAUAUCUGAAUUGACUUGAGUCACUGUCUCACACCAAGAUCUCAUUUAGUAUUAUUUGGCUGGUUUGCAUGUGGUUCUAAACCAUGGUUAGCAUGGUUCUAAACCAUGGUUAGCACCAUGUGGAUGAACCUCAUCAAAGUAUCAGAGUUACACACUCCUCUAUCCUCCUUCAAGCUGUGUGGGACAAUGACCUCUGCUGAGCUUACUUGCAGUUACAAAGGAUGCUGGCUGUGAAUACGGGCUUAAAUCAAGCAAUGGUUCGUUGCUUAACAAGCCAACUUCAAACCAUGGGUUAUGAAGCUGGCUAGUUUAAGUAGCCAUUGUUUCUUGCAAACCAGGAUUAAUCAUUCUCAAGGAAUGCUUAAAAGUAAACUUGCCAGAGUCUUGUCCUAGUUGGCUUUCUAGUCAGGCUUUCUAAUGCUUGUUUACAAAAUGCUGAACCAGUUCAUUAAUUUUUUGGCUACUAACUGACUCAAAUACAGUAUAUACAUUCCUUUUGUAGGGCUAUAAGCUUUAAUCAGUACAGUACAAACGUUAAAUUUAGCUAAUUGGUCAGUCAUCUAAAUAAUUGGUUAGGUCGGACAAUCCAAUUUUUGGUCAUUAUUUGGGGUGGUUGCUGCGGGAAGUUGAGGUUAAUUUGGUUCUGCUGUAAUAGAAAACAGAAAAGAGAAUAUCAAAGAUGUCCUUUGCAUCUAAGGGAUCGCUUUUGUUAAUUAAAUUGCAGCUUAUCUUAAUCUUGCGUUGAUAUCUCAAAAGGCAACUCUAUUAAGAUUCCAGUACUAUGGAAAUGAAUUUACAUUGAAUUGAUUCAGUAGUUGAUUAAUUGGUUAAAAGUCCAUGGGGAAGAGAUUUUCAACCGCAAUCACACGGGAUGUGGGAUGGGUAUUAACAGUUUAGCCAUCCCACUAGCUCAGUUGGAGUGAGAAUACUUGGUAUUAGCAUGCACAAUCUAAAUACUAGUGUGUAUGUUAAUGACAAGUCUCUCUCUUUUUCAUCUUCCUCUUCUAAGCAUUUUAAUCUCUGUGCCUCACAUGGAAGCCAGCCUCUGUAAUGAAUGGAUGGGUUCAUUUUCCAUGCCUGCCAGUUUCCCCUUCAAAAACAGAAGCCUUUGGGAACCCAGAGAUACUCUUCAAGGGCUUAGAAAGACUGUAAGGAAAAUAUGAGUAUUAUCAUGCAUUAGUGUGGAGAGCAUUAGAGUGUACCUUUUCUGGAGCGCAAACAGGGGUUGCAUGCAAAAGUGAGAUAGUCAUGGUGCUUUCUUGGUCACAGUCCCCUGACAGAGGCCUCUUUUUGUAAAAUGGGGGAGGGGUUUUCUUCCUUACCUCUCGCAACUGGGAACAUGCUGUGGUUCAUGAACAAUGCCCUCAGCGUCCAAGCACCAGAGGUUGCGUUGUGAAACGUGGAUAGCCAUCCACUGGGAAGUUCACAGGUUAUCUGUUUUGUUUUAUUUAUUUAGGCACUUAAACACUGCCUUUUCAAAGCAAAAAAAAGAAAAGUCUCUGCAAAGCAUCUCACAGUAUUAAAUGGGAAUAAAAUGCAGUUUUUAAACAGUAAAAAAUUAAUAUGGCCAACCAUUAGGGUAGUAAGAAUGGGACGCGGAUGGCGCUGUGGUCUAAACCACUGAGGCUUUUGGGCUUGCCAAUUGGAAGGUCAGCAGUUCGAAUCCCCACGAUGGUGUGAGCUCCCGUUGCUCUGUCCUAGCUCCUGCCCACCUAGCAGUUCGAAAGCACACCAGUGCAAGUAGAUAAAUAGGUACCGCUGCGGCAGGAAGGUAAACGGUGUUUCUGUGCGCUCUGGCUUCCGUCAUGGUGUUUUGUUGCACCAGAAGCGGUUUAGUCAUGCUGGCCACAUGACCUGGAAAGCUGUCUGUGGACAAAUGCCAGCUCCCUCAGCCUGAAAGUGAGAUGAGCGCCACAACCCCAUAGUCGCCUUUGAUUGAACUUAACCAUCCAGGGCUCCUUUACCUUUUUACCUUAGGGUAGUAAUAUACCAUAUUUUUCGCUCUAUAAGACGCACCAGACCACAAGACGCACCUAGUUUUUGGAGGAGGAAAACAAGAAAAAAAAUAUUCUGAAUCUCAGAAGCCAGAACAGCAAGAAGGAUCGCUACACUGUGAAAGCAGCAAUCCCUCUUGCUGUUCUGGCUUCUGGGAUAGCUGCGCAGCCUGCAUUCACUCCAUAAGACGCACACACAUUUCCCCUUACUUUUUAGGAGGGAAAAAGUGAGUCUUAUAGAGCAAAAAAUACGGUAUUUAACAGACAUGGCUUCCCUCCAAGAUUCUUGGGAGCUGUAGUUUGCAAAGGGUGCUGCGAACUAGAGCUCUGUGAGGGGCAGCACCCUUAACAAAUUACAGCUUCUGGGAUUCUUUGGGGGAAGACUACCAUGUUUGAUAACAAACUAGGUGAGAGUGUUUAAAAUCUAUGGCAUGGAUGUUGCCCCAUUGCUUUCCGUGGAUAUGGGUAUUGCCUAGUAACAACCCCUGAAAAUAAGUCUCUGAAUCUCCUUGGCACAUACAAGAAGUGCAAAACUACCUCAGUUCACAUCAAGGGGCUUACUCUGGAAGACUUUCCCUGGUUUUGUUAGUGGAAGGGUGGAACUGUUUUGAUCCUCCACUACAGGCACCCGAAAUCUCUUGAGAUUGCCAUGGCCCCCCCCCUCAAAAGGCUGAGCUAGCCGUGACAGGGGGAAACCUAUGUGAAGAAUCAGUUCAAUUCAUCCAUCACUUUGUUGCAGCAUGCCAGGUGUGGAGAAGUUAAGGAUAACAGAAUCAUAGAAUUGAAGAGUUGAAAGGGACCCCAAGGCACAUCUAGUCUAGCCCCUUCAAUGCAGGAAUCUCAACAAAAGCAUCCAUGAGGGAUGGCCGUCCAAUUUCUGCUGAAAAACCUCCAGUGUAGGAGAGUCCAACACCUCCUGAGGGAGUCUGUUCCCUCAGAAAGUUCUUCCUGAUGUUGAGUCAGAAUUUCCUGUCUUGAAACUUGAAGUCAUUGGUUCAGGUCCUACCUUCUGGAGCAGGAGAAAACAAGCUUGCUCCAUCUUCCAUGUGGCACCCUAGGAAGAUAAAUGGUAAGGCUUCACUGAAAGUUCACAUGGUCUUUAUUUCAACCGUUCAAAGGGCAUAGGGGGUAGAAGAAGAGUUUGGAUUUGAUAUCCCGCUUUAUCACUACCCGAAGGAGUCUCAAAGCGGCUAACAUUCUCCUUUCCCUUCCUCCCCCACAACAAACACUCUGUGAGGUGAGUGGGGCUGAGAGACUUCAAAGAAGUGUGACUGGCCCAAGGUCACCCAGCAGCUGCAUGUGGAGGAGUGGAGACGCGAACCCGGUUCCCCAGAUUACGAGUCCACCGCUCUUAACCACUACACCACACUGGCUCUCAUUCAAAGAUGCCUCUGAAAAGGGCAGAGGGGAACAUGAUGGUGGUGGGGUAUUGGGUUUCAUGAACUAAACGAGAUACAGUGGACACUCGGGUCACGAACGUGAUCCAUGCGGGAGGCACGUUCGCAACCCGCAGCAUUCGCAACCCGCAGCAUCGCAUGUGCGCGAUUUAGUGCUUUUGCGCAUGCGCAAGCACCCAAACCCAGAAGUAACCCGUUCUGGUACUUCCGGGUUCAGUGCAGUGCACAACCCGAAAACGUGCAACCUGAAGCAUCUGUAACCCGAGGAAUGACUAUAUCUUCUUUUCGGCUCACAGGUGUUUAAAAAUCCCACGCUCACUCACAGUAGACUGGGGCUGUUUGUGGGUAGACUUGCAGCCCAGAAGCACUUUCCAGAUUGAACACAUGGCACUAUGUAGAGGCCUGUCCACUCUGUUCUGUCCCCUUCCAUAUAAAAGAGGCACGGGUGUGGGGAGUCCACUUUUAAAGGGAAUGAAAUUUUUGAAGAAAAAAUUGGGGUGAGCACAGAACUACUAUAUAGAGUCUUCACCCAUUUCCUUUUGCAAUUCCUCUCUGCUAGAAUUUAGAUCGUGUGUGUGUGUGUGUGUGUGUGUGUGUGUGUGUGACUGGCAGACCUCUGACCUCUUGGGCCAAAAGGGAAAGGCUAGAUUUAUUUGAACUUUUUCACUCCUAAGAAUCCUUCAGCCCUCUUCAUUUCCCUGCAGAGGUCUUGCAAAAUUCACUGUGUGAAAUUCUCUUGCUGUAAGCUACUGCUCUGAAAAUUAAUUGAAUUUUUUAGAAGGAGGUAUGCUGGCAUACAAGGGAAGCUUCUCAGGGAAGGGGUGGUUGAACAACACAUGAUAUAGCCACUCAUCUGAUUAGGCUGUGGAGAAAGAUCAUAAGGCAUCUUAUGCAGGAAAUGGUCCAAAAGAGUUGUGUGCAUUUUUGUGUGCGUGCGUGACCUUCGCUUCUCCCCCAAAAGAUCAUGCUUCGAGUUUAGCGUCAUCAAUGGAUAGCAGUGUUAAAUAAGAGAGAAAGAAUCAAAGACAGAAAUUCACUUUUGGAUUUUCUGAAUCAUGUGAAUGAAUUUGUGCCCUCCUUUUUUAAAAAAGAAAGAAACGUUAGCCUAUUGAACAAUAGCUCAGUGUUGCAAACCUGUGAUAUUGUCUGUGUCAUAAAUGGGGCAGCUCGUGGCUGUGUGCUUUUGGCCAUUGUGCAUUUGGAAGAAGAAGAAGAAGAAACACAUGAUGUGUGGGGGGGAGCAGAGGAAUUGGGGUGGUGGAUCUGGACUCUGAAAGUUGCGACCUUCCAACCCAUCUUCCUCUUAAGAGCUCUGGCUGGUCUGCUGCUUGGCUUCAGAGAUGGAAGCAGGAGUUUUCAAGCUGUGUUCCAAUGGAAUCUUGGGGUUCUUUGGGAGAUUUCUGGAAAAGGAUACCCAUAAUGGCAAAUGAGCCUCUUUCUCAGAGCAAGAAAAUGUUUCAGAAUCUGGAGAACAGAUUUCAGAACUUUGGGGGGGGGCGUGUUUCCCAAUAAAUUUGUAUUAUUUUCCUUACACAUUUUUCAAACAAUACAUGGAUCAACAUAUCAACCUUUUUGCUCUGCCGAGCUUACAACUUCCCUCCUUCCCUUCAGCUACUAGUCCCUAGGUCUAGUCGUGACCGACUCUGGGGUUGCGGCGCUCAUCUCACUUUAUUGGCCGAGGGAGCUGGCGUACAGCUUCCGGGUCAUGUGGCCAGCAUGACAAAGCUGCUUUUGGCAAACCAGAGCAGCACAGAGAAACGCCGUUUACCUUCCCGCUGCUUUCGAACUGCUAGGUUGGCAGGAGCAGGGACCGAGCAACAUGAGCUCACCUCAUCACGAGGAUUCAAACCGCCAACCUUCUGAUCAGCAAGCCCUAGGCUCUGUGGUUUAACCCACAGCGCCACCUUCAGCUGGUAUAUCCCAUAUCAAAUCCAAUCGCACAUUCUAGCUCUUUACAACUUAUCUACAUUGUAGGAGUUACUUCAGUCCUGCUAGUGUUUUUAAAUUUUUACAGUUAUCAUUUAAAUAUACAAUAAAUUUACUCCAGUCUUUCUGGAAUUUCUGAUCGUCCUGGUCUCAAAUCCUGCAAGCCAGUUUGGCCAACUCAGCAAAAUCCAUCAUCUUCACCUGCCACUCCACAAUAGUAGGAAUUUCUUGUGUUUUCCAUUUUUGGGCCAACAAAGUCCUCACGAUUUCAGAACUUUACUGAAUCUGUGCCUAAUGUUGACAUCUAUCUUUGUCUUGACCAAGAUCACAUACCAUGCUUGGGGCUGAGCAGGAGAUGAGCCUUUGCUUUCAGUAUAUGAAAGCAACUGCUCUCAGGGGAGGAUGUUGUAAGUGGAGCGGACUGCAAAUAAACAGCUCAGCCUCAUCUCAGUAGCUGCAUCACAGCACAUACCCAGUCCAAUAUCAGGUAUUAUUAUUUUUGUCUGUUUCCAUAAUAAAAAGCAUUGGUUAAUUUUCUCAGUGUCUCAAUGCAUCUAGCAGUGCUUCUCCAAACUACUGUGUUGACGGGCUUGCUUGCAUUCUUUUUAAAAAAGGGGGGUGGGAAUCAACCAACAGAAUUGAUUUUCAGAUGAGUUUUGCCAAGUAAUAGCUUUUUGAACGAUCUGUUGUAGAGUGAAUAUCUGUUCGCAGCCUGAUCUGCUUGGGCGAGCUAACCUGGCCUAUUUUCUGUAUAUAGGAUAAGGCCAUCUGUAUUUUUGUUGGGUUUCUUCAGUGCUUUCUCUGUCAUCUCCCACCACAUGUCCCAUAUUCCUGCCGCCAAUAUUCCAUUACUAAAUCAUGACAGUGGAGUGACCAAAAUUCCAUCUCCAGGACUCAGGCUCUAUAAUAGAGUGGUUUAACAACCAAUAUCUUUUCCCAGGGAACUCUGGGAAUUUUAGCUCUGUGAGGAAAAAAGGGGGUCUCCGAACCACCCUCAGAACCCUUGACAAACUGCAAUCCAAGAUUUUUUGGGGGAAGACCUGGCUAUUUAAAGUGGUAUGAUACUGAUUUUAAUGUAUAUACAGUGGUACCUCGGGUUAAGAACUUAAUUCAUUCUGGAGGUCUAUUCUUAACUUGAAACUGUUCUUAACCUGAGGUACCACUUUAGCUAACGGGGCCUCCAGCUGCUGCCACGCCGCCGCCGCAAAAUUUCUGUUCUCAUCCUGAAGCAAAGUUCUUAACCCGAGGUACUAUUUCUAGGUUAGCGGAGUCUGUAACCUGAAGCGUAUGUAACCCGAAGUGUCUGUAACCUGAAGCCUUUGUAACCCGAGGUACCACUGUACCUCAAAUGAGAUUCAUGUCUGAAUAGGCUUGCCUGAACAAAAAAGGUUUUCAGCGAGUGAUGGAAAAAGCACUGUGCUGUCAAUCGGCACCAGCUUACAAGGGCAAUUUGGGAGUGGUGAUGUCUGUGAGCAUCACACUUCCCUCCUUAAGACGGGGAGAAGCUUCCUAGGCUUUGGGAAGGAGGCACCAAGGGAAAAUUUAGGUGACCAGCCUAGCCUCCCUAAUCCACUGACUGCACACCACUGUUGCCAGUUCCACAGAUCGAAGCAGUCAAAUACUUAUCAUCCCUGGUUAUCGGCUGUCCUGGGCCAUUUCCUCAUUUCACUGUAGGAUUCUUGCAAUUGCAGCAUCUCUG